AUGAAUCGACCCUCUAAUGAAAAAAUUGAAAAUCUGCGAACCAAGCUAAAAAUCAUCAAUUCUAACAUCGUAGAAGCAAGAAAUACACAAAAGAAUUACUAUUGUCAGCAGAAUCCCAGAUCUCAAACUCCUUUAUCAGAUUUGCGAUCCCCAAGAAGCGAAAUCUCAAAGCUUCAAAAAGAAAAUCGAGAACUCGUUCAGAACUACCGCGAAAAAGAAGAUGAAGUUAUUAGGCUGACCAAAAUGGUCGAAGAGCUUCAGCAGCAGCUAAAAGUCUCGAGAGCGCAAUAUCGUGCUGUUUCUGUAGAAAGAGCAUGGAAACGUGAUAGUAAUAAAGAAAACGAAGUUGAAAGAUGGGACCAUUCAUAUGAAAGAUUAUACCAGCAUAGAAUAAAGAGGCUAAUUUAA